CAGGACAAAGGGGGCGGGCAAGGGUUGCCGAGCCCAGAACCCUGCUGUAAGGGACUCCAUUUUCUGUGCUUGGCUGUCAGGGAGUCCCCUGGCAUGGCAGAGCCUCCUCUGGCUUCUAUCGGAGAGAGGUGGAGUCUCUCUCCCUCCUCCUCCUCCUCCUCCUCCCUUCCCCUCCCCUCCAUUGUCAGCAGCCACUGAAGCAGCCAGCGCACCUGCUCUGGCGGCAGCGGCAGCAGAGAUGCUCUAGCCCUUUGCAUGUCUUGGCGUGCCUGCCCGCCUGCCUGAGUCGUUAGGGGGGCAGGGGGAAGCGAUGCCACUUGCCUGCCCCCGAGCCGGCGACCUCCCCGGGAAGCGACCAUGACUCUACCGGGCCGUGUCUCCUGCUCCAUGCUCAACUGCUUUGGUGAAGAAGGCCCGCCCAGUCUGGAAUACAUCCAGGCCAAGGACUUGUUCCCUCACAAAGAGCUGAUCAAGGAAGAAGAGUCUUUACAGGUUCCAUUUUCAGUGCUACAGGGAGAGGGUGUGGAAUAUUUGGGCCAUGCGAGUGACGCCAUCAUUGCCAUUUCCAACUACCGGCUCCAUAUCAAGUUUAAAGACUCUGUAAUCAACGUGCCUUUGAGAAUGAUGGAAAGUGUGGAGAGUCGGGACAUGUUCCAGCUUCACAUUGUCUGCAAGGACUCCAAAGUAGUCAGGUGCCAUUUUUCUACUUUUAAGCAAUGCCAGGAGUGGCUGAAAAGGCUGAGCCGAGCCAUCGCUCGCCCUACCAGGCCGGAAGACCUGUUUGCGUUUGCUUACCAUGCCUGGUGCUUGGGGGUUUGUGCUGAUGAGGAGGACCAGCAUGCCCACCUCUGCCGCCCUGGAGACCAUGUGAAAUACCGCUUUGAGAUGGAGCUGACUCGGAUGGGCUUUGACUUGCAAAAUGUGUGGAGGGUUUCUGACAUCAAUAACAACUACAAGUUGUGCACCAGCUACCCGCAGAAACUCCUGGUUCCUGUUUGGAUCACUGACAAGGAGCUGGAGAACGUGGCUUCCUUUCGAUCGUGGAAGCGAAUUCCAGCAGUUGUGUAUAGACAUUUGCGCAACGGGGCGGUGAUUGCGCGCUGCAGUCAGCCGGAGAUCAGCUGGUGGGGCUGGCGCAACGCUGAUGACGAGUACCUCGUAACCUCCAUCGCCAAAGCCUGUGCCUUGAACCCUGGACAGAGGCUGGCAGGGGGGACCCCGCACUCUGGGCUCAGCGACGGGAACGAGGCCUGUGAUGCUGGUUUUGAUUCAUCUCUGACUGCGUGCUCAAGUGUGGAGAGUUCAGCAACACCUCAGAAGCUGCUGAUCCUGGAUGCCCGGUCCUACACUGCCGCCGUCGCCAACCGAGCUAAGGGAGGAGGCUGUGAAUGUGAAGAGUAUUACCCAAACUGUGAAGUGGUGUUCAUGGGGAUGGCCAACAUCCAUUCCAUCCGCAACAGUUUCCAGUACCUGCGGGCUGUCUGCAGUCAGAUGCCAGACCCUAGCAACUGGCUGUCGGCUCUGGAGAGCACCAAGUGGCUGCAGCACCUUUCUGUCAUGCUGAAGGCAGCUGUGUUGGUCUCCAAUGCUGUCGACCGAGAGGGGCGCCCUGUGCUGGUUCACUGCUCAGACGGCUGGGACAGGACCCCACAGAUUGUCACCCUGGCAAAGAUCCUUCUGGACCCUUACUACCGGACAAUGGAGGGUUUCCAGGUGCUGGUUGAAUCAGACUGGCUGGAUUAUGGCCACAAGUUUGGGGAUCGCUGUGGACACCAGGAGAAGGCGGAGGAUCAGAACGAGCAGUGCCCCGUUUUCCUGCAGUGGCUGGAUUCUGUCCACCAGUUGCUCAAGCAGUUCCCCUGCCUUUUUGAGUUCAAUGAAGCUUUCUUGGUGAAAUUGGUGCAGCACACCUACUCCUGCCUUUAUGGGACCUUCCUGGGGAACAGUCCCUGUGAGCGCGAGAUCCACAACAUCGCCAAGCGCACCUGCUCGGUCUGGUCCCUCUUGAGAGCCGGCAACAAGAACUUCCACAACCUGCUCUACAUGCCUGGUAGCGAACAGGUGCUGCACCCCGUAUGCCAUGUGCGAGCACUGCACCUCUGGACGGCUGUGUAUCUCCCGGCAUCCUCCCCGUGCCCCCUUGGAGAAGAGGGCAUGGACCUCUACCUGCCUUCUGGAUCCCAAAGCCAGGAGUUUAGCAGCAGGUCUCUUGACAGAUUACCAAAGACCAGAUCUAUGGACGAUCUUCUUUCUGCCUGCGAUCCCAGCAGCUUGCUGACCCGCACAUCAAGUGAUCCGAACCUGAACAACCACUGUCAGGAUGUCAGGGUUAGCCUGGAGCCCAGGCAUCCUGGUGCUGAGGAGACGGCAGCUGGCAAAGAGAGUGUGGGAGAGGAACCUCCCCAGGUGCCUCCACAGCAGCAGGAAGAAAAAGAAGUGCGCCCCUUGCCUGUUGCCAGCGACGGGAACUCUGAAAACAACAGAACUGAACAGCCACAGACAUCACAAGACCAUAGAGGGUCUCAGCAAUUAAAUGGUGUAUCUCCCAAGGUAGAAACUGUAAGUCCAGAAGCAGUGGAAGGUCCCUGCCCCACUCAAAACGCUUCUCAGUUGACAAAGCCUUUGGGGGAAGUGACUGGAACGGAUGAGCAGCUUGGAAAGUUCCUCUGCAACGAUGCAAAAGACGUUGGCCUGGAAUCUAACGGCCCCUUGGACCUUGCAGAGCCCUGCUGCCCUGACACCUCCCUCCAGCCUUCAGUGGGUGGCCCCCGUUGGAUUCCACCAGCUCCGAGUGUUCCAAGGCAGGAUGCUCCUGGAUGCCGGAAGGAGGAGGAGGACGGCAAGAGUGGCCGCGUCAGGCAUGGGGAAGAGGGCAGCCAGACAGGGAAGGCUCAGCCGGAGUUGUGGCGGAAAGGGAUCUCUCAGAGCCAGACGAGCGAAUUUUCUUUCCUAGGAGCCAGCUGGGACAGCUUUCAGGGAAUGGGGACGUCGCUUCCCGGAGGUGACGUGGGUCCCCGGCGGCUCCUCUCUUAUGGCUGCUGCAACAAGAGGCUGAGCAGCAGGCACUUCUGGGCCUCUGGACUGUGCCUCAGUGGUCAGUGGCCUUUGAAAGAGAGUGCAAAGCCCCCUGGCUGCUCCAGCCACUCCGGCACCCACUGCGUAGGCUAUGCUGGGAAGUCCAGCAAGGUGUGGCUCCCUUGCCAUCUGAAGCAGGCCCUCGGCUCCAAGCACGCACCACCAAGCAGCCCCUCCCCAGUGCCUCCACUCUACCUAGACGACGACGGGCUCCCCUUCCCAACAGACGUGAUCCAGCACAGGCUGCGGCAGAUCGAGGCCACCUACAAGCAGGAGGUUGAGCAACUACGCAGGCAGGUGCGGGAGCUGCAGCUCAGGCUGGACAUUCGCCAUUGCUACCCGCCUCCAGCUGAACCGCAAAUGGACUACGAAGACGACUUCACCUGCCUCAAGGAAUCGGAUGGCAGUGAAAAUGAGGACUUCUACUCUGACCACAGUGAAGACUGUCUAUCUGAAGCAAGCUGGGAGCCUGUCGAUAAAAGGGAAACUGAGGUCACUCGCUGGGUUCCAGACCACAUGGCCUCACACUGCUUUAACUGUGACUGUGAGUUCUGGUUAGCCAAACGCAGGCACCACUGCAGGAAUUGUGGGAACGUGUUCUGUGCCAGCUGCUGCCACCUGAAGCUGCCCAUUCCUGAUCAGCAGCUCUAUGACCCGGUCCUCGUCUGCAACACCUGUUACGAUCACAUCCAGGUAUCCCGUGCCAGGGAACUUAUGAGCCAGCAUCUGAAGAAGCCCAUUGCCACCGCUUCUAGCUGAACGCCAGCAGAGGAAAACUUGUCAAGGCCUGGCCUUUUCAACUUGCAGACUGGAAGGAAAGGGGAGGGGCUGCCUCUGCUGCAGCUGAGGAGGUCGGUAGCGCAGCACUUGAUCACCAAGCCUUGUAUGCACUGUUGGCGAUUUUCCCCACUUGGUGCCCCGUGUAUUGGAGAUGAGGAAAUUGGAUUAAAGAGUGUGAUAUGGCCCACCUCAUGGUACUGUUUGUGGUCUGAAGACCUGAGGCUAAAUUGGAGACCGCGGUGUCUUUACUUCAGAGGGCUGGCGAGGGAUGUGGUGCAGAUUACAACUGCCUUGUUCCCAAAAGCAAUAGGAAGGUAUGAUCAGAACCAGACCCUCUUCUCCCCCACCUCACAAAGGCAGGCAGGUUGACUUGUGCAAGGAAGAAGAAGACUGCAGCCUCAGAGUUGUACAUCUGCAGGAGCUCACUCUGGCUGUGUCUGUCACGUCUCAGUUGUGUUCAGCUUGCCAACCACUUCCCUGAGUGGCUCAAGGCCAGCACUAGUACAAAAAGCAGGAGCUGGGGCGGGGACCUCCAUACUAAGCAGAGCAUCUCUCUCUCUGUCUCUUCCCUGUGUCCCUUCAGGGAGUAAGACUCUUUGCCCCGGCAGUUGGGCUGUUGCUUGUGGAAAGCAGUUAAGUUUGGCUUGCUAUACACUUCCUGCCCUCUGUGGGUUUUGGGCAGCCAGUUCCCGCCUGGCGUCUUCACAGGAGACACCUCGAGCCUCCCUCGAUCUACACCACAGUGUGUCAUUCUCCUCCACUCCUUAUUGCUGCACUUGUGUCUAUUUCUGGUUGCUCUUUUAUCCUGAAAACCUGGUGCCUGGAGGGGGCAGUCUGUGUAGGUUUUCUUUACCUCCUGGAAUGUGCUGUUUAUAGUGUGCUUGAGGGUUUCAGUCCAAAAUGCUGCUAAUGUUAUUUCUCUCUGCACUUAAAAACUGUAGUCUGGAGAACAAAAGUGGGGGGUGGGGGUGGGAGGGAGGGAGGGAAGAAUGCCAAUUUCACAAAUGGGAGGCGGCGAACACUUGCAGACAGGGACUUCCUGUUCCUGUCACUCAAGAAGCUGCAAGGGGUAAUAUAAAAGGCCAUCAUCAUCAUCACCACCUUCACAAAACUGCUCUCCAGCUCAUUCUGACAUCAAUAAACCCCCUUGUUGGAAAUGUCUCUCUUGAUUUAUAGAUGCUUCACUUCAGUGACUGUAUCAAUUACUUUCCCCUAAUACUUUCUCUUCCAUCCAAACGAGCACUUACAUGCUUUACAAAAGGGGAGUGAGAUGCGGCCAACAUUUCCACAGCUUUUCAUGAGCGCAAUGUUCAUGAUCACUUUUUCCUGAAGUGUAGUACAUCUGCAGGGGGGUUUGUAGAGUGAACAGGAUUGUGAGGGUUUCUUCCAGCUGGUCCAAGAGCUCUCAGAUGCUCCACCAAUAGGCUGGGCCAAGACAUCUUGUCUCAAGAAUGCGAAAAUACUGCCCUCUCCACACUCAGAUUGCAUUCUUGCCAGCAGUCUAUUCCUGGCUGAUUUUUUUUUUAUAAAAAAAACUUUCAGUGAAGUUAGUGGUUCUGUCUACCUUAUUCUUUCUUCCACAUUUCAGCUUGCUUUUGGUCAUAAGCCUAAAAGCCAGCAUCAUCCUCUGACACUGGAUCUCCUUGAGUUGCCCUGUGGCCUCUUUCAAGGAGCAAAAAACACACCACACACCUCAUAUUGCUAAAAGGUGGGAUCUCCGAUUUUGCCAUAUUCUAUGCUUUGUCCAUGUGAAGUGAUGGAAAUAGGAGGAAGAGUUCAGGUUUGGUUCCAACUCAUUUGCACAGAUGUUGAACAAAAAUCCGAAAACAGAAGUAGAAUAAGACCCUCCCAAGUCAUGGUUAAUCAAAACUGCUUUCAGCUCUCAUGAAUUUGUGUCACUGUCUUCAGGCAAAAAACAACUCCAAAAUCAGAUCAAUAGCUUUGUGACAGGCAAUGUGCUGUAAGAAAUUCAAUACAGUUGAAUAAAAUCUCUAUAUUAGUG